AUGGCACCCUCAACAGCAGAUAAUCUAGGAUUCACCUGUGCUCUCAUCACCGGUGGUGGCGGUGGCAUUGGCAAGGUGAUGGCUCAACACUUCAUUUCCAAGGGUAAGAAAGUCAUCAUCGCCGGACGGACAGAAUCAAAACUCCAAGAAACAGCGAAAGAAAUUGGAGCUUCCGACUACUACGUGCUCGAUACGGGGAAGGUUGAAAAAAUCCCCGACUUUGUCAAACGCGUCACCAAAGAGCACCCUGAACUGGACUGUCUCGUCAACAAUGCCGGGGUUCAGCGCCCCCUUGAAAUCCUCAAGGCCGACGAUUUCCUCUCCAAGGCGGACCAAGAGAUUGACAUCAACAUUCGAGGCCCGAUGCAUCUGGCCCUGGGCCUGCUGCCACACCUGCAGACCAAGCAAUCCGCGCUCAUUAUCAACGUGUCGAGCGUCCUCGGCUUUAUACCAUUCUCCAUCAUCAAUCCCGUCUACAAUGGCACGAAAGCUUGGCUGCACUUUUGGAGCAUGAACCUUCGCACGCAGCUGAAGAAUGGCGGGUCAAAAGUCAGAGUCGUGGAGAUUGCGCCGCCGACGGUCGCUACCGAUCUGCACCGAGAGCGGUUGGAUCCCGACGACAACAAGAAGGAGAAUAAUCCCAAUGCGCUCAGUGUGGAUGAGUUCAUGGUGGAGGUCGCCGAGAAGUUGGAAGAUGGGGUUGAAACUAUUGGACCGGGGAUGGCCGGGGAGGUCAUUGAUAGGUGGUAUGGUGCAUUUGGUGAGCAAUAUGCAAAGGCGGCCGGGGGCAAGUGGUUGGGCCAUCCCUCAUGA